AUGCUACGUUCAAUCUAUCACUUACCUCAAAGGGUUUCUCCGAUUAGAAGAUUUGUACUUCAACAUAGAUGCGUCACAUGUACAACAAUCAAUGGAUUGGUUUUGCCCGAAGACAAAGAUGAGUCUUCUAUGCACUACGCCGCUUCAAGCCCGUGCUUUCUCCUUCUUAGUAAGUGCACGAACAUUGGUUCUCUAAGGCAAGCUCACGGAGUUUUAACGGGGAAUGGACUCAUGGGUGAUAUCUUGAUCGCCACCAAGAUCGUGAGCAUGUACGGUUCUUUUGGUUAUACUAAAGAUGCACGCUUGAUGUUCGAUCAAAUUCCUGAACCAGAUUUUUAUUCAUGGAAGGUCAUGCUCAGAUGUUAUUGCUUGAACAAUGAGAGUUUAGAAAUCAUAAAUUUUUAUGAUUCUAUGAUAGAACACGGAUUUAGAUAUGAUGAUAUUGUUUUCUCGAAAGCUUUGAAAGCGUGUACAGAGCUGCAGGAUUUAGAAAGUGGGAAGAAGAUACAUUGUCAGAUCGUUAAGGUGCCUAGUUUUGAUAAUGUUGUGUUGACAGGUCUUUUAGAUAUGUAUGCUAAGUGUGGAGAAAUCAAGAGUGCUUAUAAAGUGUUUGAAGAUAUUACUUUGAGAAAUGUGGUUUGUUGGACUUCGAUGAUUGCUGGGUAUGUUAAAAACGACUUGCACGAAGAAGCGUUGGUUAUGUUUAAUCGGAUGAGGGAAAACACUGUUUUAGGUAAUGAAUAUACUUAUGGUACUUUAGUGAUGGCUUGCACAAAGCUUAGUGCUUUACAUCAAGGAAAGUGGUUUCAUGGUUGUUUGAUUAAGAGUGGUAUAGAGCUCAGCUCGUGUUUGGUGACAUCUCUUCUUGAUAUGUAUGUCAAGUGUGGUGACAUAAGCAAUGCUCGUCGGGUGUUUGAUGAGCCUUCGCAUGUUGAUCUUGUCAUGUGGACAGCUAUGAUUGUGGGAUACACGCAUAACAAUAAUGCCAAUGAGGCACUGAGCUUGUUUCAGAAAAUGAAGGGGGUUGGAAUGAAGCCUAAUUGUGUUACCAUUGCAAGUGUCUUAUCAGGUUGUGGUCUUAUUGGGAAUCUUGAACUGGGAAGAGCAGUUCAUGGCUUAUCCAUUAAAGUUGGUCUUUGGGAUACAAAUGUUGCAAAUGCUCUGGUUCAUAUGUACGCCAAGUGUUACCAAAAUAGAGAUGCUAGGUAUGUCUUUGAAAUGGAGUCAGAGAAAGAUAUAGUUGCUUGGAAUUCUAUAAUUUCCGGGUUUUCACAAAAUGGCUCUAUCUAUGAAGCUUUGUUUCUUUUCCGUCGGAUGAAUUCAGAAUCCGUGACUCCUAAUGCUGUAACAGUUGCGAGUCUUUUCUCAGCAUGUGCUUCCCUCGGGUCUCUAGCCGUAGGUUCUUCGCUUCAUGCUUAUUCCGUGAAAUUGGGUUUCCUGGCAUCAUCCAGUGUUCAUAUUGGUACUGCACUCCUGGACUUCUAUGCCAAAUGUGGGGAUGCCGAAUCUGCCCGUCUCAUUUUCAAUACUAUAGAGGAGAAAAACACAAUCACAUGGAGUGCUAUGAUUGGAGGCUAUGGAAAGCAAGGGGAUACGAAAGGGUCUCUUGAACUAUUUGAAGAGAUGCUUAAAAAGCAACAAAAGCCGAACGAAUCAACCUUCACAUCUAUUUUAUCAGCUUGUAGUCAUACAGGGAUGGUUAACGAAGGGAAGAAGUACUUCAGCUCAAUGUACAAAGAUUACAACUUCACGCCUUCAACAAAACACUACACAUGUAUGGUUGAUAUGCUAGCUCGAGCAGGUGAGCUUGAGCAAGCCUUAGACAUCAUCGAGAAGAUGCCGAUUCAACCAGAUGUGAGAUGUUUUGGAGCAUUUCUCCAUGGAUGUGGAAUGCAUUCAAGAUUUGAUCUUGGGGAGAUUGUGAUUAAGAAGAUGCUUGAUUUACAUCCUGAUGACGCCUCUUACUAUGUUCUCGUAUCUAAUUUGUAUGCAUCGGAUGGACGAUGGAGUCAGGCUAAAGAAGUAAGAAUUCUGAUGAAGCAAAGAGGUCUGAGCAAGAUUGCAGGCCAUAGCACAAUGGAAUCUGAGCUCUUAGCAGUUGGUUAGUUGUCUUUGCUAAUCU